AUGCCACAACGUCCAACGAACGACUUUGAUGCUCGAGGUGCGGAUGAGCUGACCCUAAGGCGAGGCGACAAGGUUGAGCUCCUUGAGCUAGACGAAGGGUUCGGGGACGGCUGGUACCUCGGUAGACACGUAACGGAAAAUCGAACAGGCUUGUUUCCUGGAGGUGGCAUAGUUUAUACUGUGAUCGCUCCCAAGAUCGGCGUCAGGAAGACAAAGGAUGCUACGCUCUCUGCAGAGCCACCUUGGGACCCUGCUACUCCUGAGGUCGGUUCUUCCUCUCUGGGCAGCAGUUGUGACCCUGUCUCUCCAGUGUCGAAUGACGAAACUACACCUCAGCCCUCAAGGCAUGUCAGCGCCAUUGACAUGAAGCCCUUGUCUGAUGCGGAAGCCGAAUCAGGUAGCGGCGUCGCAACCAGCCACUUGUCGCAACAGCGGCCGGCUUCCGCGGGCUCUGCACAGCCAUCUCCGACCAUUCAGCGGACAAUUAGUGAGACACUAGGGAAUAUGUCUAUCAGUGGAGAGGAAAGCCCCGUUUUGAAUGAGACAUUGAGUGUGAUUGACGAACACAUUACCAAUUUCAGUACUCCACGACAUAGCAUUGCAACCCAGGAAAAUCAUAGCGUGCAUGAUUCCAGUAGUGAGUACAGCAGUUAUCCCGAUCAUCGCAUGUCGUACAUUCGUGGUGAGGAGACCGACGAAGAGGAAGAACAAAUUCCAAGCGAGGCACAGGUUCGAAAGUGGGAUCAUCGUCAAAUGGCCCGCCAUCUGAGAGAAAUCGGGGUCGAUCCAAAGCACUGCGAUAUAUUUGAAUCCCAGGAGAUUUCUGGUGAUGUCCUCUUAGACAUGGACCAAGAAUUCAUUUAUAUGAGGGAGUUCGAUUUCGGAGUCAUGGGGAGGAGACUCAAGACAUGGCAUAAAAUAAGAGCAUUCCAAGAGGAGAUACAAGGCCCAAGGCACUUGAGGAAGGGAAGCUCUCAUGGCCCUGAAGACUACGAUCGAUCCCAGACGAAGUCAGUGAUGUCAGGUUCUUAUCUUCCCCGCAUCCCUAGCUUGGGUGAGAGACAUCAUCACAACCCGCGCAGUUCUAGAGACAGGAGUACGGUGAAGUAUCGUGACACAUCUUAUGGAACACAAGCUUCUGCUCCUCCAUUAUCCCAACCACAUGAUGCCGAUGCCACUACCAGGCCGUCCGCGGACUCCAUUCGCCGGAGCAACCACCAUCGAUAUUCUUCUAUUGAAAACACAUCCGUCUUCCCCUUGGCCGACUCUAGCGCAUUUUCUGCAUCAAGGAAAGCACCAGCUCCACCCCAUGAGAAGAAACCCUCCUUCGAUCGUGGUUGGACCAUGAAUGCCCCUUUAACAGCCAAUAGCAGUAGCAAUGGACAGCGGCCAAGCAGUUCCUUAGCGGCAACCAAGCAUUUCUACAAAACUGAGAGCAACAAGACGGAUGAUUCUAGUAAUGGUUUUGGUUCUCCUGACAUUGAUCGAGGAUAUUUCUCAGGCGGCGAUGUUGAAGGCCAAAAACAGCGCAGGGUUCUUCGCAAGAGGGACUCCAGCAAGAGGAGCUACAGCCACUCUAGGCAUUCAAGUCUUGCUGCAGUGGCUGACGAUAAGAAAAAGAGACACACUAGAUUCGGCAGCACAGGUUCUAUGAGAGACUUGACUUCUAUGAAGCCAUUGUACCCGAAGACGCACUCUCAGGAUAUCACCAACAGUGCCCUUGAAUUGCUUGAAGACGAAUCCCAUUCACCGACCGUUACAAACCUGGAGACAACACCUGAAUCUCCAACAGGGUUUUUGUCAUCCAUUGUUGGUUAUGGAAAGAGUCACGAAGCUUCUGGACGGUCAUCCCCAUUACCAUCCACCUCUAGCUUAAAGGCUAUCACGCCAAAGGUAAGAAGGACUAUUGGGCUUCGUGCUAUAUCUGAUGCUGUUACUGGCAGCGAAAAAACUCGUAUCAGCUCUCCUAUACCUUCAUCUGGCAGGGAUUUACCACAGUCACCCACUCGAACAGAUUCUAGCACACCGUCGGGGACUGGGACCAGCAGAAGCCUAGAAAUGGAUAGCAUGGAGAGCUCCAGACUCGAGAGUCUCGCGGUUAUGAAGAACGGGAAUGGAAGCCAACGAAGCAAGUCAAAAAAGGAUACAAGUGCCUAUCGCCGUGGCCUAGAGAAGAAAACUCCAAAGGAACAGAUGAAAGAUGCCGAUUAUUAUGGCUGGAUGAAGAAAAAAUCUUUCAACCUAAUGACAACUUGGAAACCGCGUUUGUUCAUCCUCAAGGGCCGUCGCCUGUCAUACUACUACUCUGAGGACGAUACUGAAGAGCGUGGCCUAAUUGACAUUUCCUCUCACCGUGUGUUCCGGGCUGAUCAAGAUGCAAUUACAUCCCUGCAUGCCACUCUAACGAGAACCAAGCCCCUGCCUACUACCACAUCUAACAACGAUAUUCAACAUGAAGAAACUGAGCCUGAGGAAAAGACCGGGGGUUCUAGACGUAAUAGCUCCGCAGAACCACCAUUUAUCUUCAAACUGGUUCCACCAAAGGCUGGCAUUUCCCGCGCUGUCCAGUUCACUAAACCAGCCAUCCACUUUUUCCAAGUUGACAAUAUUCAACAAGGCCGUCUCUGGAUGGCGGCCAUAAUGAAAGCUACGAUUGAACGAGAUCUAAAUCUGCCUGUGAAGACGACGAAUAAACAAAAGACCAUCACUUUAAAGCAAGCACGUUUACUUGCUCAAUCGUCCCCCACUCCUCCUCUUGAUUCAAAGUCAAGACCACCAAAGCCAGAGGAAGAGAGCUCUCGUAAUACGUCUACUUCCAAUAGCGCAACUCUUGCAACAACUGCGGAAACUAGCACUACCGAUUUCCAAAAGAUUGCUAUAGAUACUGGCUCCACCUCUCUAUUCCCAGAUUCGGUUUCCGUGGAUCAGACCCAAACUUCCACCUCUACAAACGGCAGCGCCAGCUUCUACCCUCCAUAUACCGGUGAUGCUUAUCUCAAUACCGUCCGCGAACACGUUGGCCUCCGCGACUACACUCAACAAAGCCCCAAGUCUGCACCGUUUCGGCUGCUUGUGCUUGCUGACCCGCAGCUUGAAGGCGACACUUCAUUGCCUAAGCCAGAUGAUGCAUUCCUACCACAGAUUAAGAAGCACUGGGAAGACGUAACAUCCGCUGGUUCGAUCUCCGAGUGCUAUUUCGCCACUGUGAAAGGUAUACGCGAUGUGGUACUGACGGACAUACCUCGACUGGGUGGAACGAUUCGCAAACGGCUUGAUCUUCUCGGAAACGAUUAUUAUCUUGCGCAUAUAUACAGAACAUUGUCGUGGUGGAGCCGUCCUACUCAUGUCACUGUUCUGGGGGACCUUAUUGGGAGCCAAUGGGUGUCAGACGAGGAAUUUAAUAUUCGUUCAAAGAGGUAUUGGAAUAGGACCUUUCGAGGGGGUGUGAAGGUGCCAGAUGAUAUGAUGGCUACUGGAAGAGAUGGAUAUACUCAACAAACUGGUGUCAGCAUGGGCCAGGAAAUCGUUCUUGAUAUUGAUACAGAUACUUGGUCAAAUCGGAUUAUUAAUAUUGCUGGAAAUCACGAUAUUGGUUAUGCAGGUGAUAUCUCUCAGAAACGAAUAGAUCGAUUUGAAAGGGAGUUUGGCCGUGCUAAUUGGGAUGUUCGAUUCAACCUACCGGUGACAGAGCUUGCUCUGGAUCUCAAUGAUACGCACAGAAAGUCUGGAUCAAUUCCUUCUAUACACUUGGUUGUGCUUAACACUCUUACCUUUGAUACCCCAGCGCUAGACGUUUCUAUUCAAGGAAAAUCAUACCAAUAUCUCAAUGAUGUGAUUGACCGUUCACGCCCAGUCGAAGACAGAACAACAUUUACCCUAUUGCUAACUCAUCUCCCGCUCCACAAACAGGAGGGAGUAUGCACUGACCCACCUUACUUUUCUUUCCAUAAUGAAGACGAUCAACAUCCCAAAGACGAUCAACCGAGGUUCAAGGCCGGUGGUUUGAAAGAGCAAAAUCACUUAAGUGAUUAUGUUAGUCAUAAUGGCAUUCUGCAAGGCAUAUUCGGGAUGUCGGGAGACCUCAACGCCCCAUAUUCUGGGAAAGGGCGUAAUGGCUUAAUAUUGACAGGCCACGAUCAUACUGGGUGCGAUGUCCUUCACUAUGUGGACAGGAAAACAGGUAGUGAUGGUGAAAGUGGUGAUGCUGAAAGUGGUGAUGCUGAAGGAGAGCGCAUAUCAAACGCCGCCUGGUCAUGGAAUGCAAAGAAAUACCCUACUGAGGUGCCUACAGGGGUACUAGAAUCAACUAGCAGUGCCUCAGGUUUUGACUCGGCCUUUACACCAACUCCAGCUAUUCGAGAAGUCACGCUUCGCUCGAUGAUGGGAGAAUUUGGAGGCAAUGCUGGACUUUUGUCGGUCUGGUUCGAUGCUGAAUCAUCUCAAGAAUGGAAAUACGAAAUUACAACCUGUCAGCUAGGUAUUCAGCAUAUCUGGUGGGUAAUCCAUAUUGUUGCGCUGGCAACUCUCAUAGCUGCUUUGACCUGGGUGACUAUCUUAAUCGUCCCCAGCCGGUCACCCCUUGUUGACAAGCGGAAGGUAUCAAAAGGAGCAACCGAGGAGAAAAAGAACAAGGACUCAGGAGCGACCUGA